CUGCAAUCAAACUUGGCCUAAACCAAUUAAGCAUCUCUAUAAACUCUUGUGUCUGGAAACCUACUACUUAUCCUCGUCUACUUUACUAUAAAAUAUUAAUGGUCCGCUCAAAGUUCAAGGACGACCAUCCAUUUGAGAAGCGAAAGCUCGAGGCAGACAGAAUCAAGGAGAAAUAUCCGGAUAGGAUCCCAUGCAUUGUCGAAAAGGCUGAAAAAAGCGACAUUCCGACUAUUGACAAGAAGAAAUAUCUAGUGCCUUGCGAUCUCACAGUUGGACAGUUUGUCUGGGUUAUUCGAAAACGCAUUAAAAUGAGUUCCGAAAAGGCAAUUUUCAUAUUUGUAAACAAUGUUCUGCCGCCAGCUUCAUCACUUUUGAGUGAGGUGUAUGCACAACACAAGGAUGAAGAUGGGUUCCUCUACAUUGUAUAUUCUUCAGAAAACACGUUCGGAAUGGCUCUGCCUAUGCGAAUUUAGGCUUUCCCACUUUAUUUUUCUUACCCCCAUUAAACUCUUCUUUGUGCACUCUUUAUCGAUGCUGUUAAUUGUAUUUUGAUCCCUUUAUCAGCUACAGACUCUCCUUAAUAGCAAAAAUUGCAGUAUUAUUCUGUCAGAUCCUUUAAAAAUGAAUAAAAUUGGGAUCAUAAUUUGCUUCUAAACU